GGAAAACUCCCGACCCCCUUCCGCCAGGCUCCAUCCCGGGAACCGCCGGGGCCGCGGCUGCUCUCGGGCCUCCUGGCCCGACCACCGAGACCUCGGGCUCCUUGCCAAAGAUGAGGAGCCGGAGCAAUUCCGGGGUCCGCUUGGACGGAUACGCGCGCCUGGUGCAGCAGACCAUCCUGUGUUACCAGAAUCCGGUCACGGGGCUGCUGGCCGCCAGCCAUGAGCAGAAGGAUGCCUGGGUGCGGGAUAACAUCUACAGCAUCCUGGCCGUGUGGGGCCUGGCUAUGGCCUACCGCAAGAACGCUGACCGUGACGAGGACAAGGCCAAGGCCUACGAGCUGGAACAGAACGUGGUGAAGCUCAUGCGGGGCCUCCUGCAGUGCAUGAUGAGGCAGGUGGACAAAGUGGAGAAGUUCAAGUACACGCAGAGUACCAAGGACAGCCUGCACGCCAAGUACAACACCGCCACCUGCAGCACCGUAGUGGGCGACGACCAGUGGGGCCACCUCCAGGUGGAUGCCACCUCCCUCUUCCUCCUGUUCCUGGCCCAGAUGACCGCUUCUGGUUUACGGAUAAUUUUCACCCUUGAUGAGGUGGCUUUUGUACAGAAUCUUGUCUUUUACAUAGAAGCCGCAUAUAAAGUUGCUGACUACGGAAUGUGGGAACGUGGCGAUAAGACGAAUCAAGGCAUCCCCGAAUUGAAUGCGAGCUCUGUUGGAAUGGCCAAGGCAGCACUCGAGGCGAUCGAUGAGCUGGAUCUCUUUGGAGCCCAUGGAGCCCGCAAGUCAGUGAUCCACGUCCUGCCAGAUGAGGUUGAACACUGCCAGUCAAUUCUGUUCUCCAUGCUGCCCAGAGCGUCCACAUCGAAAGAGAUCGACUCGGGGCUGCUUUCCAUUAUUUCCUUCCCUGCCUUUGCUGUAGAAGAUAUAAACCUCGUGAAUGUGACCAAAAAUGAGAUUAUUUCCAAGCUUCAGGGACGAUAUGGAUGCUGCCGUUUCCUCCGUGAUGGUUAUAAAACCCCAAGAGAGGACCCAAAUCGAUUGCAUUAUGACCCUGCCGAGCUCAAGCUCUUUGAGAACAUUGAGUGUGAGUGGCCUCUGUUCUGGACCUAUUUCAUCAUCGAUGGCCUCUUCAGCGGCAACGCUGUGCAGAUCCAGGAAUACCGGGAGGCCCUGGAGGGAGUAUUAAUCAGAGGCAAGAACGGAAUCCGCCUGGUGCCUGAACUCUACGCCAUCCCACCCCACAAGGUGGACGAAGAGUAUAAGAAUCCUCACACGGUGGACAGGGUGCCCUUGGGGAAGCUGCCCCACCUGUGGGGCCAGUCCUUGUACAUCCUCAGCUCACUGCUGGCAGAGGGAUUCCUGGCUGUGGGUGAAAUCGAUCCUUUAAAUCGAAGAUUUUCCACUUCUGUCAAACCUGAUGUCGUGGUACAAGUGACUGUGCUGGCCGAGAACGAUCACAUUAAGGAGUUGUUGGGGAAACACGGGAUCCAUGUCCAGAGUAUCGCUGACAUUCACCCCAUCCGCGUCCAGCCGGGCCGCAUCCUCAGUCACCUCUAUGCCAAGCUUGGAAGGAAUAAGAAUAUGAAAUUGAGUGGGCGGCCUUAUCGGCACAUUGGUAUCCUCGGAACCUCGAAACUCUAUGUCAUCAGGAACCAGAUCUUCACCUUCACACCCCAGUUCACCGACCAGCACCACUUCUACCUGGCCCUGGACAACGACAUGAUGGUGGAGAUGCUGCGGAUCGAGCUGGCGCACCUGUGUACCUGCUGGCGCAUGACAGGCCGGCCCACGCUCACCUUCCCCAUCACGCACACCAUGCUCACAAAUGACGGCUCGGACAUUCAUUCUGCGGUUCUUUCUACCAUUCGAAAAUUAGAGGACGGCUAUUUCGGUGGAGCGAGAGUGAAAUUGGGGAGCCUUUCGGAAUUUCUCACGACGUCUUUCUACACCUACCUGACCUUUCUGGAUCCGGACUGUGAUGAAAAGUUGUUUGACGAUGCCAGUGAAGGCAGCUUGAGUCCUGACAGCGACUCAGAUUUGGGAGGCUAUUUGGAAGAUGUAUAUAACCAGGGGAACCAAGAAAGCCCAGAUGACCUGGACCAAUAUAUCAACCACCUCCUGCAAAGCACAUCUUUGAAAUGCUCUCUUCCCCCUCUUUGUAAGAAGAAAGAAGAUAGCCAUGUCUUCGGUGCUGUCCACUCCACUCGGGACAUACUUUCCAUGAUGGCCAAAGCAAAGGGUUUGGAAAUGCCAUUUGUUCCCAUGACUUUGCCAACUAAAGUUCUUACUGCCCAUCGUAAAUCACUGAAUCUUGUUGAUUCUCCCCAGCCUCUCCUUAAAAAGUUGCCAGAAGAUGAUUACCAGUUACCCCGAGAUGAUCAUGGUGACUUGGACUGUGAAAAAUUGGUUGAGCAACUGAAAGAUUGUUCGAAUUUACAGGACCAAGCCGACAUUCUUUACAUUCUGUAUGUUAUCAAGGGCCCCACCUGGGACACAAAUCUCUCUGGACAGCACCGGGUCACCGUUUACAACCUACUCAGCGAGCUCUACGGGAAAGCAGGCUUGAACCAGGAAUGGGCUUUGAUCCGCUACAUCUCUGGCCUGCUCAGGAAGAAAGUGGAGGUGCUGGCCGAGGCCUGUACAGAUCUGCUGUCACACCAGAAGCAGCUGACAGUGGGUUUGCCCCCUGAGCCCCGUGAGAAGAUCAUCUCUGCUCCCCUGCCCCCCGAGGAGCUCACAAGACUCAUCUAUGAAGCCAGCGGGCAAGACAUCAGCAUUGCUGUCCUCACUCAGGAGAUCGUGGUAUAUCUGGCCAUGUACGUCAGGGCUCAGCCCAGCCUCUUCCUGGAGAUGCUCAGGCUCCGGAUCGGACUGAUCAUUCAGGUGAUGGCCACAGAGCUGGCGCGGAGCCUCAGCUGUUCAGGAGAAGAAGCUUCGGAAAGCUUGAUGAACCUCAGCCCUUUCGAUAUGAAAAGUCUCCUGCACCAUAUUCUCAGUGGGAAAGAAUUUGGUGUUGAAAGAAGCAUGCGACCUAUCCACUCGUGCACAUCCAGCCCUGCCAUCUCCAUCCAUGAGGUGGGGCACACUGGUGUCACCAAAACGGAGAGAAGCGGCAUUAGCAGGCUGAGGAGUGAGAUGAAGCAGAUCACUAGACGGUUUAGUGCUGACGACCAGUUCUUUUCUGUGAACCAGGCCACAUCCACCAGCAUGUACUCCUCGAAAUCCAUGAGGUCCAGCACCCCAUCUUCCCCAACGGGCACGUCGUCCACGGACUCAGGGGGCCAUCACCUGGGCAGUGGGGAGCGGCAGGGUCAGUGGCUGCGGCGGAGAAGGCUGGACGGGGCCAUCAACAGGGUCCCUGUGGGCUUCUACCAGAAGGUGUGGGAGAUCCUGCAGAAGUGCCACGGUCUGUCCAUUGACGGUUAUGUACUGCUGUCCUCGACGACAAGAGAGAUGACCCCGCAGGAAAUCAAGUUCGCUGUGCACGUGGAAUCGGUGCUGAACCGAGUGCCACAGCCCGAGUACCGGCAGCUGCUGGUGGAGGCAAUCCUGGUGCUGGCACUGCUGUCGGACUCGGACAUGGAGAGCAUCGGCGGCAUCAUCCACGUGGACCAGCUCGUGCACUUGGCCAACCAGCUCUUUCUGCAGGACCAGAUAUCCAUGGGGGCCACGGAGACCCUGGAGAAAGACCAAGCCACGGGCAUCUGCCACUUCUUUUACGACAGCGCCCCAAGUGGGGCUUACGGGACAAUGACCUACCUGACCAAGGCCGUGGCCUCUCAUUUGCAGGAACUGCUGCCCAACUCUGGCUGCCACAUGCAGUAGGGCUUCGGUGCUCGGGCCUCGGUGCUCAGAGUCUUUCAUCUGCCCCAGCCUCUGCGGGAACUUGGCGCCGUUCCCCUCGGUCCCCUGUGGUGUCUCCCGAACACAUCCCAUCACCAGGAAACGGCAGCUGCUCCUGGCACCCGGGGGCCCUGUCACUGUGUUUGGGGUCUGCCAGUUCACUCUGGCAUCUCGCACGCAGAGUGAACCGAAUCACCAGCUUCAGUCAGAUCUUCCAAGCGUGUUAUGAAAACAGGCUCCAUGAGCUUGUGACACAGCUGAAGGAUGCAAAGAUGCUUCCAGAAGCAGUGGCUAGGAGGGCGGGCCUGGACCGGAUGUGUCUCAAGGUGCAGCCUGUCUGUGGACCCAGCGGUUAACCAAAUAGAGCGAGUCUUUCUGCAGACUCGGGCCUUGUACCUCACUCCUUUGGCCGUCGGCUGUUUGUCUGACGUAGCCACGUUCAGGUGACAGAAUGCUCUCUUGCUAAGAUGUAGGAAAUCGAGCCCCUGUUAACUGUAAGCCGUGGUCCUCCAGG